UCCUACAGACGGACACUAUUCUCUUCUUCCUCAUCCUACUCUACUAACUCUACCUCUCUUGCAGAACUAUCUCUCCUCUACAUCUUCUCCCUCUCUCACAGACACUAGUGUCUCUAUGGUAUAUGGCAGACUACAGUUAGUACAGGCCACAACACAGUAGACCUACAGGAGUGGACACACGGCAGCACACAGCCAGAGAGAGCAGGAGCACAGUCUCAUGGACGAGGACUCCAGCAUGCAUGCUAAACAGUUGGAGAAGAAAGAGGAAGAGAUGAAAGCACUGGGCACUUUUUUCAAGGAGCAGUUGGAACAAGUGGAGAAGAGGGUUUUUCCACAUCUGUCCAACUACAGCCAACCUGACCGUCUAUGGAUGGUUGUUGAACGAAUCGGCGAGAAUUUGGAUCGAUACAAGAAAACCAAGAAACAGUUCUACGACCAAGCCACAAAAUCCAAAGCUCUUGUAAAAGCGAGGAACACAGAGUCUGUGUGCAUCAACCUGCAGUCCCAGAUCCUCAACUGCUACAAGGAGAACCGGGAGCAGACAUUGCAAUGCUCUGACCUGGCCAAAACGUACAUGCAGUGCAUUGACGCAGCCAAGAAGAACCUGCUGGUAAACCAUGGAUGAAGGAUGAAGAGCAAUGGAGAACAGCAGUGGAAAAUACUAAAACUCAUGUCCAGGAAUAGUUUUACUGAAGCACAAAAAUUGGCCGUUCCAAAUGUAGCACUCCUUCUUAUUUAGGGGCAGCGGGCUGCUUUGGUGUUAGCAUCAUGUCUUUUAUACAUUGUUUUAAGCAGACACUAUUGUACAUUUUUCAGGGUACAAUAGAUAUUUGAAAGAGGACUGACUAACUACAGGUUUUAAGUUCUAUAUACAGUACCGGUCAAAAGUUUGGACACACCUACUCAUUCAAGGGAUUUUCUUUAUUUUUACUAUUUUCUACAUUGUAGGAUAAUAGUGAAGACAUCAAAACUAUUGUAACGAUCUUCAUCUGAUGAACAGGAAAGAUCGGAUCAAAACGCAGCGUGGUAAGUGUCCAUGUUAAUUUAAUAUCACUGAACACGAAAUACAAAAUAACCAAGUGAAACACCGAAAAUUUAAACAGUCAUGAAAGGUGACACAACACAAAACGGGAAACAACUACCCGCAAACACCAGGUGGGAACAGGCUACCUAAGUAUGGUUCUCAAUCAGAGACAAUGAAAGACAGCUGCCUCUGAUUGGGAACCAUACCAGGCCAAACGCAUAGAAAACAUAGAAAAACCCCAACUCCAAC